UAAUAUUGUUUUCGAUGGGGCUGAAACUUAACAUAACAUCGUUUUCAUCAAAACAAAUAUCAAUAUUGGUUUCUUUUUUAAUAUAAGUCUGCAACUUAGUCCAGAAAAUGUUUACCCUGGGACAUAACCAAAACAAAUGCUGAAUAGUUUCAGGGCUACUGUCACAAAAAACACAUUUGUCAUCUAUAUUAAUUUUAAAACGCUGGGUAACAAGAGUCUUAACUGGGUAAAUUCAAUGAAUUAUUUGUAUGAAACCUCCUUAACCUUAUUGGUUAUACAAUAUUUAUUGGGCAUCAUCCACAUUUUUCUCCAAUCAAUGCGUUUUCCAAAUGAGGAAUUCCAAUAUAUUGUAACCGCAAGUAAAUUAUCAUUUUUCAACAGGGUUAAUAUUUCCCCAGAAAUCGCGUUAAUUACAGUGAAAUACUGAUCAAAAGUAAUAUAAAUAUUGUAUCUAUUAACAAACUCGGUGUAACUGUAUAUUUCACCAUUAGCUUUGAUUAAUUGUUUAAUCCAAACUAUACCAUUCUUUACCCAAUUUUCAAAAAAUAAGGUUUUAUUUCUAACUUUUAUAUAUCUAUUGUUCCAAAUAGUAAAUCCAUGAGGGGUAAAAUUGUGUUUAUACAUAAGUGACCACGUUAGAGGUACUACUUUCUCGAACACCUCGCUGUUCCCGAAAUCACCGACACUUCGGGUCUUUCCUUCGCCCGGCCCCUGCGCGGAUGACGCCACGGGGUGGGUUUUCCGAAUGCCAUGCGCGUUGCGUCACGGGUCGGGGCUUUCCUCUGUGACGUCAGCGCGAGAAAGCGAAAGGGUGCGAGCAGUGCCGAGCUGUGUCUGGCGGUGGGCAGGCAAGGGGCUCAGCCCGCACAGUUAGCGAAGGGCUAUUCGGUCACUUGUGAGUUCACUCUUGAGACGUCCCCGCCAGCGAGAGGAGGAGGGGAAUUUGCUCUAGAGGGAGCGAGCUGAAGGACGAUACAGCGCCCGGGGCCGGUUGGUUUGGUCUGCGCCCUGCCGAGCCGAGGGAGGGAACAGCGCCUCUCCGAGAAGCAGCCUCCCAUUUCACCCGGGGACAGAGAGUGACAGAGCGAAAGGUGUGACAGAGGGAGAAGAGCCAGAGUUAGACGGCAGAACCGCGGAAGAGAGAGAACAAAAGAAAAAGAGAAAAGGAAACGUGGAGGACAGAGAGAAGAGAACGCAGCAGAAAAGCAGACGAGGAGGAGGAGGAAGUUUUAUCGGGGCUGCAGUGUGGACGGUUCAGCCUCCUGUCCUGCUGUGGCUGGUUGGUGAGCGAGAGAGGAGGCGCUUCCUGGAUCAGUGCCUCUCCGUGUGUCUGGUCUCCUGGCCGGGGGAGAGGGCUGUCCUGUCUGAGUGCUGCUGAUCGAGCCUGCGUCGCCGAGACAGAGCCCAGCCUGCCCUCUGGUGUCGGGGCACCAGAUCGCGCCACAGGAAGAGGGUGGGCCGCGCGCCGUGAUGGGCUCUGAGAGAGACUCGCAGUCUCCCCACUCCUCGGUCAGCGGAGUUCCCAACCCCAAGUGCCGGAGCGCUGGCAGACAGAGGCGGCGGAUCUCCUUCCAGAGCCUGUUCCACAGCAAGCGGGCCUCGCGGGCCAAGAGCGGCGCCAGCACUGGUGCCACUCCGGCUGGCGCCCCGCCGCCACCUCCGCAGCUGCUGCCCCCUGCGCACCCGCAGCCCGGCCCGGCCCGAUCACCUGACUCGCCUCAGCUGCCCUCCGGCUCGGAUGGGGUCCUGUCAGGCAGCCGCAGCUCCCUGGGCUCGGCAGCGGCGGCGGCAGCGGGGCCGGAGCCGCCUGAGCCGAGCCCCAGCCUGCUGGAGUGCCCGCUGUGCCUGGUGCGGCAGCCGGCGGAGCAGGUGCCCGAGAUCCUGGGCUGCAGCCACCGGUCCUGCCUGCCCUGCCUGCGGCAGUACCUGCGCAUCGAGAUCUCGGAGAGCCGUGUGCAGCUGUCCUGCCCCGAGUGCGCCGAGCGCCUGUCCCCCCGCCAGGUGGGACUCAUCCUGGACGACGCCGCCCUGCUGGCCAAGUACGAGGAGUUCCUCCUGCGCCGCUGCCUGGCGGCCGACCCGGACUGCCGCUGGUGCCCAGCUCCUGACUGCAGCUAUGCUGUGAUUGCUUAUGGCUGUGCCAGCUGCCCCAAGCUCUCCUGCCAGCGGGAAGGCUGUGGGGCCGAGUUCUGCUACCACUGCAAGCAGGUGUGGCACCCCAAUCAGACCUGCGAUUCUGCACGCCAGGAGAGGGCGCUGCGGCUGCCAGGGCAGAGCGGACACUCCCCGGGCCUGAGCUACGGCCAGGAGCAAGGAACAGCUGAUGACAUCAAGCCCUGCCCGCGCUGUGGUGCUUACAUCAUCAAGAUGAACGACGGGAGCUGCAAUCACAUGACCUGCGCGGUGUGUGGCUGCGAGUUCUGCUGGCUGUGCAUGAAGGAGAUCUCGGACCUGCACUACCUCAGCCCCUCAGGCUGCACCUUCUGGGGCAAGAAGCCCUGGAGCCGGAAGAAGAAGAUCGUCUGGCAGCUGGGCACCCUGAUCGGCGCGCCGGUGGGCAUCACGCUGAUCGCAGGCAUCGCCGUGCCUGCCAUGCUCAUCGGCAUCCCUGUCUACGUGGGCCGCAAGAUCCACAGCCACUACGAGGGGAAGAGGGUCUCCAAGCACAGGCGAAACCUGGCCAUCUCCGGGGGCGUGGCCCUGUCCGUCCUCACCGCCCCGGUCAUCGCCGCAGUCAGCGUGGGUAUUGGCGUGCCCAUCAUGCUGGCCUAUGUGUAUGGCGUGGUGCCCAUCUCGCUGUGCCGGGGGGGCGGCUGUGGCGUCAGCAGGUCCAAGGGGCGAGGUGUCAAGAUCGACUUUGACGAGGACGAUGGACCGAUCACAGUGGCGGACGCCUGGAGGGCGCUGAAGAGCCCCAGUCUCGGUGAGAGCAGUCUGGAGGGGGUGACCAGUGGCCUCAGCACCACCAGCCCCAGCGAAGGGGUAACCCCAGGGGCCUUGGGUGACGCCCCCUGCUUCAACACGCUGGCUGGGGGGGCGCUCAGCACUGGCACGGGCAAAUACAGCAGGCUGGAGGUCCAGGCUGCAGACCUGGCGAAGGAGGCGUUGUCGCGGGACACGGGCAGCCUGGGCGCGGCGAGCGACUGCGCCAGCACGCGUGGCAUGGCUGGGUCCAUCAUCUCCGCCUACAGCCCCCACGAGCGGGAGGGUACUAACCUGGAGAUACAGGUGGACAUCGAGACCAAGCCGAGUCACAUCCGCCUCUCGAGUGGGGGCAGCGAGGAGGACCUGCUCCCCGCCCCUGUGUCGGUCGUCACGGUGCCCGCGCAGGGGGAGGAGCCCCAAGACUGCAGCUCCCGCAGGGGCGGGGCGUUGCUAGGGGGAGGGGCCUCCCUGUCUCCGGGGGAGUCCCCGGGGGAGAUCGCCCUGCGCUCCCGGACUUGUGGCGACGUCACUCUGGCCCAGCCGGAGAGCAUCCGCAGCGACCUGGAGACCUCGGACACGCAGUCGGACGACAUCGCCGAGCUGACCUCCGACGACUGCGACUCGCCGCGCCCCCGUGCCUGCCCCCCCCCUCAGCACACGUGCCGUGGACUGCACCCCCCCGCGGAUGGCCAGCAUUGCCAUGACAACGUCAUGCUGUACGUGUGAGUGGAGGGGGCGCUUCCUGUCGCGAUGUUAUUCCUCGUGCCCGUCUCUGCCGCUGUGACUGUGAGCAGGGCUGCUGUGCUGCUGGUCCUCUCCGUGCUGGGCUGAGAGUCUGCCUGUUGCUCGUGGGGAGGGGAGGGGUGGGGCUGGGGGAGGAGGGGUGGAGCCGUGGGUGGUGGGGGAGGGGCUGGGGGGGCGAGGCCAGGGAUUCCUGCUGCUGAACUGGUUUCCCUUUGGCUUGUUUACUGUGAGCCAGCAGGCUGUCAUGCACAUUAAUUAGCAUGGCUGCGCUCACAGCUGUGCUGCUACCACUGCUGCCGGUCUCGGGGCUGAACUGCCCCCGACCCGACCCGACCCGCUGCCUGUGCCUCCGAGGGGCGGGGGAGAGACAGUGGAAGCGGUCAGGCUGCCAGUCCUCCCCUGGCCUCUGCAGGAAUAAGACCAGAGCACCCCAGUCACCGCAAGCAGCUUGGACACCCUGCUUCGCAGCCAGGAAACCUGGGGCUCAAACCAGCGAAUACCUGAUGCUUACAGGAGCGUCUGCAGAGGGAGGGGAGUGCCCUAUGUCCUGGGAGGGUUGUUAUGGGCGUGGUCUGCAGGUGGUGGGAGGGGCACUACUUCCGUGCAAAAGGCGAGCGGCUUGUUCUUCUGUCUCGGACUUCCGUCAAGCCUUUUUUUUUUAAGCAUAUGUCUGUAAUGAUGCACUAAGCUUAUUUUUCAAGAUGAUUCUGGGAGGUUGUGUGAAAGUGUUCGUGAGCAGUCUGUGCUUUGCUGCCCUAACAGUGAAGCAGCGGACUGGGUUGCAGAAGAGAAACCGGACCAUCGUUUCUCAAAGCAGCUGUGAGCGCUCUUUGGUGGUAGCUGUGGAGUUUGAGCGACCGCACUCGAAAGCAGGAGCAGCCCGUGCUUGAGUGCUGCUGACCUGCGUUUAGCUCUGGUGUGGGUUUGAGUUUGUGUGCUGGUCUGGUUCUUGCUGGCGGUGGCAUUUCUCUCAAGCACAUCUGAAGUCCAGCGCUUUGUUUUUACCAAACUCACGUGUCUCAGUGUAAAGGUCACAUGACCUUCAGCCAUGUUUGGCGUGAUUCGCAGCUGGUUUGUAUACAAGGCGCAUUCAUGUUUGCACACAUGUACUUUAUUUAAAUGAAGUUCACGUGGCAGGCUCUGCACGGAGAGCUUGCUCUCUCACGGCCCGAGGCUGUGGUUCGGAACCGAGGCCUGGGUUCCAGCUCCAGGCCCGAACCGGCCAAUGAAAAAAGGGUGGAGCACUGGGGAUUCCCCCUCCGGUACCCUCUGCGCGCACACGCCCGCUGGUCUGAGUGACUGGCUGCGGCUACAUGAAUGUAUUCUCUCGGAGCUCUUUGGGAACAAGCUCUUACUGACUGGGGGGUAGACGUGACCAGUGUAUAGAUGUAUAUGUAUAACCUAUGGCACUUUUUGUAGCCCUGCGCUUUGGGAUGUGCUGGGCUUGUGUGCAAGGUGCAGCCUACAGGGCUGGAAAUAAACACUGCUCUCUCUUGAA